UGCGUAUUGUCGAUAAGAAAGUGCAACUUGUUCGAUGAUUGUGGAGACUACAGUGAUGAAAUUGAUUGUGGGUUAGCAGCAAUCAGUUACGAUUACCAUAAUGCAGCCAGAUGUAGAAAUGGAAGAUGUUACCUUCGUAGUCAGCUGUGCAACUUCAAUGAUGACUGCGGAGACAAAACUGACGAAAUGGGAUGUGUAUGCAACGAGACGGAUUGGUUCCAAUGCAAAAACGGACGCUGCAUACCACACGAACAAAGAUGUAACCUUAACAACGAUUGUUAUGACAAUAGUGACGAAAUGAAUUGUGUUUGUAAUGUAACUACGAACCAAUAUAAAUGUAAUGAUGGUCAAUGCAUCUGGGCGAAUCAAAGAUGUGAUCUAUCAACUAAUUGCAGAGAUGGAAGUGAUGAGAUUGGCUGCCGUGAG